CACUUCAGCACCACUAGCAGAGAGCGGAGACACCGAGGAAGAGGAAAAGACUGACUGAGAGACACGGCGCACAACAUCAGCACCAGCACCGAACCCACUCCCAAACACUGAAGAUAGGCACAGAUUCCCGCAGAUUUUCCGCCACAGCAGCGUGACACAGCUCUGCACAAAAGAGUCGGUAACCAUGUACGAUGUAGCAAGGGUGCCUUCCCCUAAGGACGGUGCAAAUGGACUGUCCCAGCCAGUUCUUCCCGGAGCAGGAGCGGCAGCAGCUACAGGAUCCGGGCCGCCUGCGUCGACCGCGGUCUUACAAGCUACACCCGAUGAGGCGCAGCCAGGUACAGAGGAGGAAGAGGAGGAGGAGGAGGCCCAGGCAGAGCCUGUCCUGGUGAAGAAGCCACACAGAGAGAUUCUAGACCAUGAGAGGAAGAGGAGGGUCGAGCUCAAGUGUAUGGAGCUUCAGGAGAUGAUGGAGGAGCAGGGGUAAGUAUCUGUGACUUAGCAG